CGUCAGGGAUCCACGAGCAUGCUGCUCUCACUGCGCGCUCAUGGCGUUCCACUCGCGCUCGACGCGCUCCACAGCUGCGACUGACGUAUUUGGACAAAAAAUUAAUGCCCUGUGAAACUUCGUCUCCCGAAUGUGAUGUCUGCUGACGCCGUGGGUGUUUCCCCGUUCAUUCCUCCGGUAUAAGUAAUCUGAAAGCACGCCGGUGGAUUGGCGCGGCGAAUUUUGGAGACGUUGUCACGGAACAUACGAGCAAAAGCGGUUUGUCUUAAUUUCAUGACCGAAAACUGACCGUUCGCCAAGUUGGUAACGGCUGCGGAUCAUUAACUGUGGGGAGAAAUGGGCACUUUACGCGAUCUCCAGUACGCGUUACAGGAGAAGAUUGAAGAAUUGAGACAGAGAGACGCGCUUAUUGAUGAACUGGAGUUGGAGCUGGACCAGAAAGAUGAACUCAUCCAGAAGCUUCAGAAUGAGUUAGACAAAUACCGAUCAGUUAUAAGACCGGCAACGCAACAGGUCCACAAGCAGAGUGUCCUUCAAGAGCAGCAGAGGACCAAGAGACAGGCGAUCUCAGCCGAACCUACAGCCUUUGAUAUUCACGACCUCAGUCAUGUCACCCUGCCUUUCUACCCAAAGAGCCCACAGUCUAAAGAACUAAUCAAAGAGGCCAUUCUUGACAAUGACUUCAUGAAGAACCUGGAGCUGUCUCAGAUUCAGGAGAUUGUGGACUGCAUGUACCCCGUGGAGUAUGAUAAAGAAAGUUGUAUCAUCAAAGAAGGCGAUGUGGGCUCUCUGGUCUAUGUCAUGGAAGAUGGCAGGGUGGAGGUGACCAAGGAGGGCAUGAAACUCUGCACCAUGGGACCGGGGAAAGUGUUCGGAGAGCUCGCCAUCCUCUACAACUGCACCAGGACUGCUACGGUACAGACCCUCACAAAUGUGAAGUUAUGGGCCAUCGACCGCCAGUGUUUCCAGACCAUCAUGAUGAGGACCGGACUCAUCAAGCAUGCAGAGUACAUGGAGUUCCUGAAGAGCGUUCCGACAUUCCAAGGCCUUCCAGAAGAAAUACUCAGCAAGCUAGCAGAUGUGCUGGAGGAGACUCACUACAGUGAUGGAGAGUACAUUAUUAGACAAGGUGCCAGAGGGGACACGUUCUUUAUCAUUAGCAAAGGAAAGGUGAACGUGACUCGAGAAGAUCAACCCAAUGGGACCCCUGUCUAUCUGCGAGCAUUAGGGAAAGGAGACUGGUUUGGAGAAAAAGCCCUUCAAGGAGAAGACAUCAGAACAGCUAAUGUCAUCGCCGCUGAAGCUGUCACCUGCCUCGUCAUCGACAGAGACUCCUUCAAGCACUUGAUUGGAGGCCUGGACGACGUCUCAAACAAAGGCUAUGAUGAUGCUGGCGCCAAAGCAAAAUACGAGGCGGAGAAUGCCUUCUUCUCCAACCUGAAGCUGGUGGACUUCAACAUCAUCGACACCUUGGGAGUUGGAGGAUUUGGAAGAGUUGAACUGGUACAGCUCAAGAGUGAAGAGACCAAAACAUUUGCAAUGAAGAUUCUGAAAAAGCGUCACAUCGUGGAUACACGGCAACAGGAGCACAUCCGCUCUGAGAAACAUAUCAUGCAGGAGGCUCAUUCGGACUUCAUUGUAAGGUUGUACAGGACUUUCAAAGACAGCAAAUAUCUGUACAUGUUGAUGGAAGCCUGUCUAGGAGGAGAGCUUUGGACCAUUCUUAGAGACAGAGGAUCAUUUGAAGACUCCACUACACGGUUUUAUACAGCCUGUGUGGUUGAAGCAUUCGCUUACCUGCAUUCCAAGGGAAUAAUCUACCGUGAUUUAAAGCCAGAAAAUCUCAUUCUGGAUCACAGAGGAUAUGCUAAGCUUGUGGACUUUGGCUUUGCUAAAAAGAUUGGAUUUGGGAAAAAAACAUGGACUUUCUGUGGAACACCGGAGUAUGUAGCCCCAGAGAUCAUUCUUAAUAAAGGCCAUGACAUCUCAGCAGACUACUGGUCAUUGGGAAUUCUUAUGUAUGAACUCUUGACUGGAAGCCCACCAUUCUCAGGACCAGAUCCAAUGAAGACAUAUAAUAUCAUUUUAAGAGGAAUCGACAUGAUAGAAUUUCCAAAGAAGAUCACCAAAAAUGCAGGCAAUCUAAUUAAAAAACUAUGCAGGGACAAUCCGUCUGAGAGGCUAGGAAACUUGAAAAAUGGAGUCAAAGAUAUCCAAAAGCACAAAUGGUUUGAAGGCUUUAACUGGGAAGGACUGCGCAAAGGAACUCUCACACCUCCAAUUAUUCCUGAUGUUGCAAGCCCAACUGACACCAGUAACUUUGAUAGCUUUCCUGAGGACAACGAGGACCCUCCCCCAGAUGACAAUUCCGGCUGGGACACUGAUUUCUAAAACUGAAACUCGUAACACGCCCCGCCCUGGAGUGUCCUGUAUGGUUCGUCAGCCUGAGGGUGCGAUCGAAGAGGAGAAUGGAAGACGUCUAGCCCAGCUCUGUGACACCAAGUUGCCUUCGCCCAUGCUUCUGUCCUGCGGUGCCACUGGGGGCGUCCCAGCUCCCCCGCCGCACCCCAUGACUCCCAUAACUGUCCUGAUAAUAAAGACUGGAGUUCAUAUUUGACCUCAGAUAUGGACUCGUUCUGGCACUUCAUAUUUUUUUCUGUGCUUAUGUUUGACUGAUUGCACAAGCAGCAUUUGCAGGUUUUGUGUCUGGGGUCCUCAAAAUAGAAUCAAAGUAGAGACAGGACUGUGAUCUGGGCUGAGUAUUGAUAAUGUUUCUAAGAUGCAUAUUAAGAAGGAUUUUAGUUUGCGGUUACUUUUAAUUGUGUGACAUAUUUGUGUGUAAAAUACAUUUGGAACAGAAGCACACCAAUGUCACAUACUUGAAAAGAUUCUGUAGUGGAUAUAGAUUGAUUGAUUUUAGAUAUAAUUAAAUUCAUUUCCAUGUUGUCCUUUUUUAUGUAUACUCCUUUUAAAGGGAUAAUGCACCCAAAAAUAAAACCUCUGUCAGACUUAUGUAAUUCCAAACCUGUAUGUUUUUCUUACUUCUGCAGAGCACAGAAGAUAUUUUGAAGAAUGUUGGUAACAAAUCAGUUUCGGUUCUCAUUGACUUCAAUUAUAUGUGAAAAAAAUACAAAGGAAGUCAAUGGGAACGAAAACCAACAUUCUUCAAAAUAUUUUCAUUUGAGUUCCAUGGAAAAAAAGAAAGUCAUACUGGUUUGGAAUGACAUGAGUGUGAGUAAAUAAUGACAGAAUUUUCAAUUUUGGAUGGACUGUCCAUUUAAAUUUUUAUUCAGAAUUUUCUUCUAAAAGGUUUCUAGACUGGAUAUUUUUUUAUUUGUAGUAUGGAAAACUGAAUGUUUUUGAAGGUUCUGAAUGUUGUUUUGGGAAACACUUCCAUCAUUAAUGAAUAACUAAACAGGAACAAAUGAGUAACGCAAGUGUUGUGACUCAAGUUUUACUACAUCAUUCUAAAGGAAUUACUUAGCUUUUGAGGUUAUAGUAAGGUUUUAGUAAAAACUCAAGUGUUACUACAUCCUUCUAAAGGAAUUACUGGCCAUUUGGAUCAGUAUUCUAAGGUAAAGAUCAUGGUAACCCACUAGUAAUGACUGAAGUGUUGACAAAUCCAUCAGAAAGAAUCCAAAACCUUAUAAAAAUCUCAAAAGUUUACAAUGACUUCAGUCAGUACUAUAGAGUUAUCAUGCUUUUCACUUUAGAAUACUGUUCCAAAUAAUUAGUAAUACCUUUAUAAGGAUGUAGUAACACUUAAAUCAUUACUAGUGGGUUACCAUUAUCCUCACUUUAGAAUUAAUUAUAUAUUAUGCAUUAUUCACAUUAAUUAUGAAUCUGUACUUCUUAGUAGUCCUCUGGAAGGUAUGAAAAAAUAGCAGUUAUUGAUUAGCUACCUCAUUUAACCGAGCACUAUUACUCUCUAAUUCGUUAAUUAGAGUUUUUUGUUAGUUACAAUAAUGUUAAUAUUGUGCUACUGAUUUGUUUCUGUGUAGUUAUUGAUUAAUGACGGAACAGUAUUCUAAUGUGUUACCGUUGUUGUUUAAAUCUACUCAAAUAUUGAAUCAGACUCAAUACAGUGUGUGCACCACUAGAGGGCAGGCUUUUUACUAAAAUACACACUGUACUUCUCUAGUGGAUGGGCUGUCAAGUCACAGCUUCCCAGAUAAAAUGUGAGUAAGAUCAGGAUUGUUUAUGAAGUUACAUAAUCAGCUCUAUUAUUGAUACCAGACAUACAUUUCUUCCGUCUUUUUCACCAAUCAUAUUCAUGACUCUACCUGACUCAUUUAAACAAUGAUGAGAAGACUGCCUGUGGUCUAUAAUAGCUUGAACACAAAGUGCUGUGCUGGAAAACCAAUUACGUAAUCUUAUUUAUUGUAGGACCAGGGGUAAAUAUUUAUGUAUAUAUAUAUAUACAUAUAUACAGUGGUAAUAUUUUUGUGAUAUUUGUAGAGAUUUAUUGUCAGAGUAAAACCAGUCCUAUUGCUUAGGAUUUUUUUUUAGCUGUUUUAGUUGUCCUCUGUUAUCUUUACUUUUCAAGAUGGAUAUUCUGUGCUCACCAUAUAGCUUUUGGCAUUAUUGAAAGUGCCUUAAAACAAUGGCAUUCAGAAUUCACCCUGCUUGUUUUGAUGCUGCACGGCUAGGUCAGACACCUCAAAUGUUCUUCUUAAUCAGUUGUGGCUUUUUUUUAAAGGUACAGAGAUUUAUAUCCCUUUUUCUUACAAUAAAAGCAUCUUUCAAAGUAAUA